CUGAGUUGAAGCGCAACAGCCCGGAGAGCGCAGCAGCGAUUUCACCACUGCAACUUUGAUGACAGGGUUUUUGGAGCAGUCGAUGAGCGCGUUUGAAGUGCCUUGCUGGUGAAGACGAGGGAGUCGUGCAGCGAGAGUCGACCUGCGGUUCCCCGAGCCAGUCGGAGCAAAAAUGAAAUUCUGGAUUUGUGUGAUAGCGGUCGCCUUGGCGGUGGGAUCCACACACGCAGGCACCAAGUUUGACGAGCCGUGCGCGGGCCUGGACUGCAGCGGAGGAUGCAGGUGCAACCCGGAGAAAGGCAGCAGGGGUCGUCCAGGGCCUCUCGGUCCAGCCGGUCCCAGCGGUCCAGAGGGACUCCCAGGGGGCCCGGGGCCUUCUGGGCCAAAAGGAGAGAAGGGCCACAUCGGACUGAAGGGACCAUCUGGCCCGAAAGGAGACAAGGGACCAAUGGGCGUUCCAGGGUUUCCAGGAACUGACGGAGUACCUGGGCACCCUGGUCAGGACGGUGGCAGAGGAUUACCAGGAGUGGACGGCUGUAACGGGACCAGAGGGGAUUCUGGGUUACCCGGCUACGGGACAGGAGGUCCUGGCACUCCCGGACGCCCUGGGCCAACCGGUCCAAAGGGCCAGAAAGGAGAGCCUCUGUUCAUCUCGGAUGAUGGCAUCACGGGUAUUCCAGGUUCACCAGGAGCGGCUGGUCUAACUGGUUCCUCGGGUCCUGCUGGUCCGGUUGGUCUCCCCGGUCCGAGGGGGCCUGAUGGAUACCCCGGCCCGCCUGGUCCUCCCGGUCCCCCAGGGCCAAUGGGGAGCCGUAGUGACGGAUAUCAAGGAGAGAGGGGAGACAAGGGCGACGUGGGUCUUCCCGGACCCAGUGGUAUCCCCGGCGACGAGCCGCUAGUAGCCGGGACAGUUCUCACUAUCUACAAAGGAGAUAAGGGUGAUCCUGGCUACAAGGGAAUUCGUGGAUACCCUGGCAGACCUGGCCCACGUGGACCUUUUGCCUAUCCUGGUGAAAUUGGAGAAAAGGGCAUUCCUGGAUACCCAGGGGCACGGGGCCCCCCUGGAUUUAACGGGCCCCCUGGCUCUCCAGGACGACAGGGAUACAGUGGUAAUCCCGGUUACCCCGGGCAACCAGGAUACACAGGACCAAAGGGAGACCAGGGAGAACCCGGACUCCCAGGACCGCCUGCUUACGCUGACAGUCUAGGCCUUGCUGUUCAAGGAGCACCAGGUGACCCAGGUAUCGAUGGCCUCCCUGGCGCCCCCGGUGACCAGGGAGCCCCGGGAUUCCCAGGAGCACCGGGUCUGCCAGGAACCGUCGGUUUUGGCACAGGUCGUCCCGGCUCCCCAGGUUUUCCAGGGACUCCAGGGCCAAAGGGAGAGAAGGGAAACCCCGGCAGGCAGGGUGGCGGUCCGGAGGGCCUCCCAGGAUCCCCCGGAUUCCCCGGACCCCCCGGCCCUCCAGGACCACAGGGAGCUCCAGCCACUUCCUCAGCCUAUCCCUUCGAUGUUCCUGGGAGGCCAGGCCCACCUGGACCCAGAGGACCACCUGGUGACAGAGGAUACAAAGGCUUUAGAGGAGACCCCGGUGACUGUGCCUGUGUGGGUGGAACCGGCAGAGCGGUGCAAGGGUCACAGGGACCCCCCGGAGCCAACGGCAGCCCCGGCUUCACCGGACGGAAGGGCGAGGCCGGAGAACCUGGUACACCUGGUUUCGGGGGCGGUCAGGGUUCUCCUGGUCGUGCUGGCGAGAGGGGCUUCUUCGGACGUAAGGGGCAGAAGGGGGAGCCCUACUACCCCAACGUAGGUCUGGGAGGGAAGGGAGAGCUGGGACCCACAGGACCCAGAGGACCACCUGGAGAAACUGGACAGCCUGGGAGAGAUGGACUCCCUGGUUUCCCUGGAUCCCCCGGCCCCCCUGGUGAUGCUGGCUUCGGCACCGUUGGAGAGAAAGGUUUCCCAGGGUUCCCCGGGUCAAAGGGUCGCCCCGGUGGGCCCGGCGAACCCGGCAUCGGCUACGGAGGAGCACCUGGGCUGCGUGGAGCACCUGGAGAGCCCGGCGUCUCCGGGUUGCCAGGACAACCAGGUUUACCCGGACCGCGAGGCCAAACGCUACCAUGCCGCAUACCUGGUGAAGAUGGAGACCUGGGAUUUCCAGGUUUACCUGGAGCACCAGGUCCAAAAGGUCAGUCCGGUUUCCCAGGAAGCCCUGGACGUCCAGGGUUCGAUGGUAGCAAAGGAGAGAGAGGAGACCCCGGCUUUGGAGGACAGCCUGGACCACAAGGUUUCCCCGGGCCCAGAGGAGAGCCUGGAGCUCCAGGUAUCCCAGGACAGGGCUUUGACGGAGGCAGGGGGAAGGAUGGUCUUCCUGGGCUGCCAGGAGCCAAGGGCCUGCCUGGAGACCUGCUGGGAGUCUCACCAGGGGCCCCUGGAUCAAAUGGUUUACCAGGAUUUCCUGGAGACAAGGGCCAGCCUGGGACCCCAGGAGGGCCAGGAUCAUCUGGUUUUGACGGGCGUUCCGGUGUCCCGGGACUGAAGGGAGAGCGCGGGGUGGACGGGCUUCCCGGUAUUCCCGGUCUCCCUGGAAUUCCCGGUGGUCCGACCGGUGGCGUUCCCGGUCCACGGGGAGCUCCUGGUAGCAGCGGACUGAGCGGAUCACCAGGUUUCCCAGGGCGAAAGGGAGCCAGAGGAGAUCCAGGUUUCCCAGGGCCCGCUGGGAUGAAGGGAACCCCAGGAUUGCCCGGCACCCCUGGGUCACCAGGCUCAGUCGGUCCCCCCGGACUUCCAGGAGUAGGAACCAGAGAAGGCAUCCCAGGAAUACCAGGAAGGAAGGGUGAGAGAGGGUUGCCAGGACUGAUGGGCUUCCCCGGACUGCCAGGUGGUCCCGGCAGCCCCGGGCGUUCAGGAGGGAAGGGAUUGCCUGGAGACUCCGGACGAGAAGGGCUGCCCGGGGGUCUCGGAUACCCCGGACAGAAAGGUGAGAGAGGAUACCCUGGUCUCCCUGGUGCAGCCUCACCUCCUCCUGCAUUCGAGUUCGUGGAGAAGGGAGACCCUGGAAACCCUGGAGCUGGAGGACUGCCAGGCUUCCCAGGACCCAGAGGUGACAAAGGUCUGCCGGGCUCACCUGGUCGUCAGGGUCUGCCCGGACUUCCUGGUUUCGCCGAGCAGAGCAAAGGACAGCCGGGACAGCCUGGUUUCCCGGGGCAACCAGGAGCUCCAGGCUACCCUGGACCGAAGGGAGAAGCUGGAAUCAUGGGAUUCCCUGGCAUGUCUGGACCAAGGGGUGACGACGGUGCACCUGGUUUUCCUGGCAACGCCGGAGGAACUGGUGUGCCUGGCUCCAAAGGUAUAAGAGGAGAUUCCUUCGCAUAUCCUGGCACUCCAGGAGGUAAAGGCCAGCCCGGAGAUUCAGGCUUCCCAGGCGGCCGUGGCAGUGACGGAGCCCCCGGCGACAACGGCUAUCCAGGAAGCUCAGGUUUCCCCGGGCCGAAGGGAGCUCCCGGUGAAGGAGGAAGACCCGGGCUAAUGGGCUCCCCUGGGUUCCCCGGGGCGAAGGGUCUGCCCGGCUACCCGGGAGGAAGAGGUCUGGAUGGGUCACCUGGUCAGCCUGGAGGCCCUGGAGGGCCUGGUGCUAAAGGUUUGUCUGGAGCCCCUGGAUUAGAUGGACUCAAUGGUCUCGGUGGACCAAAAGGCCUGUCUGGAACACCAGGUCAGAGCGCGGGAGGACGGCUCGGGGCGCCUGGUGUUCCCGGGCUGAAGGGAGAGAGAGGCAUCUCGUACCCGGGACGUCCCGGCAUCCCUGGAGCAAAGGGAGAGAGGGGAGUGUCAGGUGGUCCUGGACCCCAAGGAUUCCCCGGCCUGCCCGGACCUGUUGGUGAGACAGUGGGCUCAGACAUCCCAGGAUCUCUGGGAGACCCCGGCCUCCCUGGACUGGACGGAGAGUUUGGUCUGCGUGGUCCCCCAGGUGCUCCCGGGCCCCCCGGUCCAGGCACAGACCAGGGAGACAGAGGCAACUCUGGGCUCCCAGGCUUCCCCGGCACCCCCGGCAGCAAGGGAGAGUCAGGAGGCCCCGGAGGCCCAGGAUUCCCCGGCGGCCCCGGUUACAAAGGAGAGAGAGGCGAGUCUGGUUUCAGUGGAGCUCCUGGUCUCAAGGGCUUUUCCGGCGACCCUGGUUACUACGGCGGCAAAGGACCCAAGGGCUUCCGAGGCCCUACUGGCCGCAAGGGUCUACCCGGCAUCACUUUGCCACCUGCAGAUUAUCGUCUUCCCUUCGGGGACCAGGGAGGCCCUGGGGCCAACGGAGCCCCUGGUGAUGUCGGGGAGCCUGGCCAGCCCGGUCUACCUGGAGGAUCAGGUGCUAAGGGUCGUCCCGGUGGUGCGGGUAAGCUGGGAAGGAUGGGCGCCGCUGGUCUGCCUGGAGCUGUGGGAGACCCCGGACCCCCUGGUUUCCCCGGAGCCACUGGAGAACAAGGCACACCUGGCUCGGCCGGCCUCCCCGGCGCCCCCGGUGGUGUGGGACGCAGCAGCAGCAUCGGCUACACCCUGGUGAAGCACAGCCAGAACACCCAGAUCCCCAUGUGCCCUCAGGGCAUGGCCAAGCUGUGGGACGGGUACAGCCUGCUGUACGUGGAGGGACAGGAGAAGGCACACAACCAGGACCUCGGUAUGGCCGGCUCCUGCCUGCCCCGCUUCAGCACCAUCCCCUUCCUCUACUGCUCCCCCAACGAGGUCUGCUACUACGCCAGCCGCAACGACAAAUCCUAUUGGCUGUCCACCACCGCGCCCAUACCCAUGAUGCCCGUGGGCGAGGAGCAGAUACAGCCCUACAUCAGCAGGUGUUCGGUGUGCGAGGCUCCAUCUCAGGCAGUGGCGGUCCACAGUCAGGACAUGACCAUCCCCACCUGCCCCCCCGGCUGGAGGAGCCUCUGGAUAGGAUACUCCUUCCUCAUGCACACGGCGGCGGGCGCUGAGGGCGGCGGCCAGUCCCUGGUGUCGCCCGGCUCCUGCCUGGAGUAUUUCCGCGCCACGCCCUUCAUCGAGUGCAACGGCGCCAAGGGCACCUGCCACUACUUCGCCAACAAGUACAGCUUCUGGCUGACCACCGUGGAUCCCGGCCGGGAGUUCAUCUUCUCCCCGCCGCAGGAGACGCUCAAGGAGGGCCAGCAGCACCUCCGGGUCAGCCGCUGCCAGGUCUGCAGCAAGCUCUUGUAGUACGAGGAGGAGGAGGAGAGACGGAGGGAGAGAGACUGAAACAUCAGGAGGAAACCAUGACACAUGAACGCCUUCGAGAUAUAAGAGAGAGGUGACGGCGACGGAGGAUGACGUGAUUUAUAAAGAAAAUAUUAAAACAAAAACAAAAACAAAAAAAAAAAGACCCGGGACACAACUGACUGACUGACUGAAAAGGAAAA